CCAUCCUCACAAACCCUAGAGCCAAAUCGUGAACCUCUCUGGACUGAACUCCCAACUGCCGAAUGCUUUGCGAUAUCGAAAUCCGAAUCAACGGCGCCAUUUGAGACGAUAAAAAGAAGAAGAAUAAAAUGACUGGGAGAGGUGCAAGAGAGAGGUUUCGAAGGGAUUACCCUCCGAGAUUUGAAGAGAAGAGCCACUCUGGGCGGAGCAGUCACCCCCCAUCGAGACACUUAUGGGUUGGAAACCUAUCGCACAGCAUUUCUGAGAACACUCUCACUGAUCCUUUUCUACAGUUCGGAGAGCUCGACACUGUCGCUUUUCAGCCGGGUCGUAGCUAUGCUUUCAUUAAUUUCAAGCAGGAAGAAGAUGCCAUCCAUGCCAUGAGAUCACUUCAAGGUUUUUCUGUGGCUGGCAUGCCUCUUAAAAUUGAGUUUGCAAAGGCGGAGAAGUCAUCAACAGCAUCACGUGAUGAAGACUACCUGCAACGACGGGAUGAACAACGGUCCACAAUAAGAGGAUCUCCAUUCUCUCAAAGGGACUCAAGAACACGUCAUGGUAGUCCUGACUCAUUUUAUCCUGACAAGUCUAGUAUCAGUGAUAGAAAGGGAGAGCCUUGUGAGGUUUUAUGGAUAGGAUUUCCCUCAUUACUGAAGGUGGAUGAAACGAUUUUAAGGAAGGCCUUUUCACCAUUUGGUGAGAUUGAGAAGAUCACUUCAUUCCCAGGUCGUAGUUAUGCCUUUGUCCAAUUCAGGAGUGUGACGGCAGCUUGCAGGGCAAAAGAAACUCUUCAGGGGAAGUUAUUUGGCAAUCCCCGUGUGCAUAUUUGUUUUGCAAAGAGUGAACCUGGUCCAUCAAACGGUGGAAGGAAUGCAAUGAAUGCACCUCCAUCCCCACAUUUUCAGUCCAAUAGUCGCCCUGGAUCUUCUGAAAAUUUCCGGCAAGAGAGGAAUUUUGGGAACUUCCCUGGAGAUCCCAGUGUCAGAUCUCCUCGUUUCAUCUCAAAUUUGGAGACAGAAGAUUCUGAUGUCAUUGAUUUUGGUAGGAAGAGUACUUUAUGGACAGAUGGAAAUGGUACAUUUGAACAUAGGAGGUUCCGAGACAUGGGAUCUGAACUAGGAGCAUCAGCAGACGUAUAUGAGCAUCACAGUAGUCCUACAAGAGACAGGGUUGCUCACUUUCGUGAUUUUUCUCCCCAGAAAUUUCCUCGGAGAAGUCCCUUCUAUGAAGAUCCAUGGGACUUACCAGAAGAUGCCUACCUAUUUCAUGGAGCAAAGAAACUAAAAACUGGCUCCUUCCCUCCUGAGAAAGAGCUUCCAGAGUAUCCUUUCUCUGUUGCAGAACAAGAGAAGCAUUUACUGCCAAGAAUAUUUUCUGACUAUCCCCAACCUGAGGCCAUUGAUAAAAACUUUGAGUCUGGAUCGUUUGGGUAUAAACAGAUGUCUGAUCACCCAAUGAAUCUGACCCGUCCUCAUGGGGAAAUGAGUGAACAGUGGAAAGCAUCCUAUGAUGGUUUUCAGGUAGGUUCUGGUUCUUUGUCUUCAAACCCUGUUGAUUGGAAAAGAUUAACUCCUGAAUCACAUCCAUCUUCUUUGAGUGGGGAGUGGAAAUGGGAAGGGACCAUAGCAAAGGGAGGAUCUUCCAUCUGUCGUGCUCGCUGCUUUCCUGUGGGAAAGGUCAUGGACAUCAUGUUGCCUGAGUUUUUAGAUUGCACUGCAAGGACUGGUCUGGACAUGCUUGCAAAGCAUUACUAUCAAGCAGCUAGUGCUUGGGUGGUAUUCUUUGUCCCUGAAAGUGAUGCUGAUAUUGGAUACUAUAAUGAGUUCAUGAAUUAUCUAGGGGAGAAGCAGCGAGCUGCUGUGGCUAAAUUGGAUGAAAGAACCACGUUGUUUCUUGUACCCCCAUCAGAAUUCUCAGAGAAGGUUCUGAAAGUGCCAGGGAAAUUGAGCAUUUCUGGUGUUGUUUUAAGGUUAGAGAAUCCUGGUUCUAAUUUUGGUUCUCUUGAUCAGCCGCAGGCACCAAGUUUCAUGUCUUUUCAUGGGGAUACACAAUACCCAAAGCCAACAUCACCGUCGGGCCUGUUUCCUCCAAUGGCAUCUUUCCCAAAUUUUGGUAAAUCGGGAGUUAGCAAUGUGUCUUAUACAGGGAAUGUUCCCACUUCAGCUCCACCUACCUCAUUUUCAGGCUCUGCCCAUGCUGUUGGUGGUGCAUCCAAUUCCAUUAAUGAGAACAGUCCUGAAUAUCUGCUUCAUCAGAGGAACCCUUCAUUGGGACCAAACUGGUCACCUCACCAUCUGCAGAAUUCAAUUUCGGGUACUAGAAAUGUACCUUUGCAAGCAUCCAAUAGUGCUGUUGAUACCAUGGUUCAGGACUACCAGUCAAUUAUGCAAAAGGCUGUACAAGGAACAGGCUCAAGUCAUUAUCAAACUGGAAAUUCUGGCGUCCCAUUAUCUGGAAGCAGCAAAUUGCCUCUUCAAGAAAUCAAACCUUCAGUUUCAUUGCCUAUGCCUGUUUCCCUGCAACCAGAACAACUUGCACAGUUGGCAUCAUCUCUACUUGGGCAGCAGAGGCAAUCGGGAAGCAGUAUGUUGUCUGGGGGGGAAGAUUUUAGGCAGCCGAACACAAUGAAUCCACCUGAAAACCCAUUUCGGACAUCUCAGAAAUAUGCUCCACAGAAUCAUCAAGUGUCUACUGAGCUUUCAACAUCUCAGUUUGGUCAAGUGCAACAGCAGCAGCAGCAGCAGCAGACACCAAAUGUGCCUGUAAUGCCUCACACAAGUCAUAGGGAAGUUCAAACAGGGGUUCAGGGGAAUCAACCACUGCAAAGCACUGAGACACAAGAGGAACUGGAGGCAGAUCCACAGAAACGCUUGCAAGCCACAUUGCAGCUUGCAGCAGCUCUUCUUCAGCAAAUCCAACAGGGGAAAGGGACUUGACCAGAAGCAUAAAACUAAAAUUUAGAGGUUUGCCAUCCAGGGGAGUUUUAGUCUACAAACAAGAUAGCGGACUUCGUCUGCACUAGAUAGCGAAAGGGAGAAAUGGCAGAUAAAACUUUUUGGUUUUCUUGAUUAGCUUUUGACUGGCUGUAUUUUGCUUUGUUCUGUUUAAUGAACACCCUGCUUAUCUUUAAUCUUAAUCAGCUCCAAUAUUGCUUCUAUUUUCA